CAAACGUGGUUUGCAGAGAUUCGACCAAGUACAGCGCUGGAUCAGUUUCUUGUAAAAGAUGGCCCGUUCUGACGUUAUUCUCGUGUGGCUGUCCAUCUUAUUAGGUUUAGCGACUUCUCAAGAUGGUUCCCCUGUUGUACCCACGGCCAGCGGCAAGGUGCGAGGAACGGUGCAGUACACAAACGACCUGCCGGACAAACCUGUCUACACCUUCCUCGGCAUCCCGUACGCAGCGCCCCCUGUCGGAGACCUGCGGUUCCGCGCGCCCGAACCCGUCACUCCGUGGGAGGGAGUGAUAGACGCAACGAAGCCGGGGCCUUUCUGUCCGCAGCCCCUGGAUCUGCAACACACGAUACCCUUCCGGCUUUUACAGACUACGACGAGCGAAGACUGCCUCACGCUGAAUGUCGAAACUCCAACAACAAACGCCGAUGGCGGUUUGCCAGUACUAGUAUGGAUCCACGGCGGGAGCCUGGAGACGGGCGGAGGUUACCUGCUGCCCUUCGCGCCUCUCGCCGCCCACCAAGACGUUGUCGUGGUGUCCUUCAACUACCGCCUCGGGCUGCUGGGUUUCCUCAGUACCAGGGACGAGAACGCUCCUGGCAACUUCGGCUUCCUGGACCAGGUCCUAGCUAUAAGGUGGGUGAAAGCAAACAUCCAGAACUUCGGAGGUGACCCGGAUCGGAUCACCGUCUUCGGAGAGUCCGCCGGUGGCUACAGCGUCUCCUACCACGUCGUUUCACCACUCAGCCGAGGGCUGUUCAGGAGAGCCAUUUCACAGAGCGGUGUCUUCGGGACGAACCCUGUCCAACUCAACCCGCUCCGGACAACCAAGGUACAGGCUGAAGAACUGGGGUGUGACGGAGAAGACACCUCCGUCCUCGUGAACUGUCUGAGGGAUAGACCAGUGGAGCAGCUGUAUGCCGGUUACGACUUAUUUCAAAAUAGUCUGUUUGGUUCUAAUCUAAAACCGUUCGGGCCCGUGGUUGAUGGUUAUUUCUUGACGUCUACGCCCGAAUAUCUGCUGAAGAAACGCCAGGUCAGCCCCGUGGAUUAUUUGAUGGGAGUAAACGAUCAUGAGUACGGGUUCAUCCUGCCGAGAGCAUCUCACCUGCCGAACUUCGGCAAGGGGAUGACACACGAACUGUGCACCGCUCUGCUGAAGUUGGGACUACCGGAGUACGUUGACUACAAGGGGUCGGGACAAGCCAUUCUGGCGGCCAUAGAAGAGAAGUACCGUGACCAGGCCAACCCUGACGACAUCAUGGCCAUACAGUACCAGUACAGCCAGCUGAUGGGAGACCUGAUGUUUGUAGCGCCCACAGUGCGCGCUGCAGAUGGGCACACAGCUGCCGGUGGGAAAGUUUAUCUCUACGAGAACCACUACGUGCCGAGUUUCCUGCGCGUUGCACGGCCGGGCUGGGUGGGGUGUGACCACACGGACGACUGGUGGAUGGUGGUGGGCGCGCCCUUCACCGACAUCCAACUCACCAGCGGCGACAACAUAACCUUCACUGCCGCAGACAAACAGAUGAGCCUAAAGAUGAUGGAAAUGUGGGCCAACUUUGCCAGAACCGGGAACCCUACCGACCAGACAUCCCCAGAGUGGCCUGUCUACACCACAGACCACCCAGCUUACAUGAACCUGGACCUGGCGCCGUCUGUUGACGUGGGCCUGAAGUCUGACAGAGUGACGUUUUGGAACAAAGUUAUACCUGAGUUAGCCAGGCUUGGUGACCGAGACGAACUGUAGUACAAACUGUUCAUUUGAUAAUUAUUA